AUGGCAACCGCAGCGUCAACUUCAGAAUUAUUGGCAGCGAAAUCAAAAAUAUCUCCAUGGCUAGACGAGGAGCCUGGAGCUUUGCAUGUCGACAAGGUCUUGGAACAGGUCUCACAGGAUGACCAGGACGAGUGGGAAUAUGAAUACUCCACGACUGAGACGGAGGUCUACUAUCUAACGCUUGAUCUAUCAUACCCCGAGUUCAAAGAGCGCCCAGCAAAGGCUCAUCAUCAUAGCCGUGGAGGAUAUUACAAGAAUUGGUCCGACCAGUACGCUGAUAACAAUAAUGCAGACGUCAAGCACGAUAAACAAGUUGUUGGUCCACACGACUCAGGUCAUAACGAGAUUAACAACGUCGAAGACGACGGCCAGGGCAAUGGUGGCGCCCCUGAAGAAGAAAUUCAAGAAGAAGAUGCACCUGGAGAAGAGGAGGAAAAUGAAGAAGACGCCAAUAUAGAUCCCCGUCUAAGAGCGAUUAGCAACCCUACGAAAGUUGCGAAGCCAGUGCAGAAGGACAAAGGGAAAGGAAAAGAGAGAGAAGAUGCGGCUAUGAAAGAGGCGGUUGAGCCAAUAGCAGAUGAUAACGACUCUAACGAACCUCUGGAAGAGAUUCAGAUACUGGAACUCCACUCUCGCAACCCGAUUAUAUCCUACAGAGGCCGAGUGUUUGAGGGUCAGUGGGCAGAAGUUAUCGGAACAGAGGCAAUCUUGGCAGAUCGCGAGGCCAAAAAUGCUACCCAAUUACCCGCGCUUCGCCAUCUCUCUGGCGGUGUGGAUAUUCUUGGGGCCAGCUCCUCCCGUAUCCUGACCACUGAAAAGACUUUGAAACCCAAAGGCGUACAGAAGGACUCAUUGAAGGCUAUUCGCGAAGAAUGGAACAUUCGCAUCCCCCCGGGGAAAGAUAGAACAGGCGAGAGGGCGCAACAGCUGCGUUUCUUAGAGAAUCUGAUCGCCCUCAAGAAGAAAAGGGGGGACGAAGAUGAAGUUACCGUUUAUGCGGUGGAUGGCGCUGGAAAGGACUUUGAUGAUAGAAAGGGGCCUGAUUUCAAACCUAGGAGGAAAAAGCCUAGUCUUGGUGUGGAACAAAGCAAUGGUGCCAGCCAGAGCGACAGGGGGGAACGCCGUUAA